GGAAAUUCGAGUGAAGGCUCGCGCCAGCGCCACGGCGGCGUGGCGAUGACGUCGUCAACUCUGCCAACCGCGUGGCGUCGCAGAAUAAAAGGCUUGCGCGGGAGAAGAACUGGAGGCCGUGCACUUGCAUUGUAGUUGCAGAGAGCUGAGAAAGCAGACAAGAAAAGGCCGGCGGCGCUCAGUUGGAGGCUUGAGAUCGACCGGAAUCGGAUCGUUUCGAGUUGGAUGGCGGGCGUGAGCAAGAGCAAGGUGCGGGAGUGGAUGCGGAAGCGGAUGGCGCCGAGGAGGAAGGCGGCCAAGGGCGGUGGCGGCGGCAGCAGCGACGACCGGUCGGCGUCGGCGUCCGCGCCGUCGUCGCCGAGGCGGAAGCUCCUUGCGGGCGCCGCGCUGCCGUCGGCGCUGCGGUGGAGGAAGCCCCGCGGGAACGUGCUGGCGGCGCUGUUCCAGCGCGUGGCGUACCACCUGCUGUGGUUCGUGGAGUCCGUCGUGGUGGUGGCGCAGCUGGUGUUCUUCUUCGUGCGCUUCGGAUUCAAGCUCUGAAAACUCUGCCUGAAUCGCACCGUGCGGGGUGGAGCACCAAAAGAAGAUCCGUGGAUUCUUUCAUUUGUUCUCGUUCUUUUCUGUUGGCCAAUUUUCAGUGGCUCUUUCGAUUUCCAUCACCACAAGCUGUAGAUAACUUGUUCUUGUGUUUUGGAGAAUGUGUAAAUUGCUCCCGUAAUUGUCUUCCCAAGGAACUGUUUCCUUUUCCCCCUCAAUUCCAUUGAAAACAUCCUUGCUCAUAUGAGACGAGAGUGCCACG